AUAAGCCCAUGCUCUGAGUAGCUACACAACAGCAAGGAAGUACUGGUAUAUAGCAAGCCAUCACCACGCUCUGACGCUCGCAUACGAGGUGCGAUGUGCCGGCGAAGCAUGACGUAGUUCAUGCCAGUUUUGACCUAAACACGACUCAAAAAGUUUCAUUGAGAACUCACGCCGCAAGGCUAGGGCUUAGUAUGCGGGGCAUCGUCGCAAUUCUCCUCGCAGCGUUUGCUGCAGUCGCGUUUGCAGACUGCCCGGACUCCUACUGGGACUGUCUGCUUCGUCCCAAAAGCGGAGUGCUUGUCCCCAGCGGAGGAGGGCUCGUCUACGGGAACUGUUGGCGGGGCUGGAAGUGCCGCCCUUGCGACGACAACGACGCCGCGAACGCCACCUACAUUCUGCACAAGUGCAAUGCGCAGGUGAUAGAGUGCAACGGCGAGUGUGUUGCCUACGCCGACCUCCCCAACUGCUGCAACGGCGCCAGCGGGCGGUGCGGCAGCCUGGAGACGCCGGAGCAGGUGGCCAGCGCGUGCGCGGGAACCACGCCCCUGCGUGCUGCAGCGUGGAGGCGACUGUGGGCAAGGCGGUAGACGACCGGCACCAUCAUCCUGGUUGGGAUGAUGGCGGUUAGUGAUUGGAGGAGGCUGCUUACACGGUCAAGUGGAGCUGUGGGGGACUGAGAAGGUGCCGUUUUUGGGUAGUAGUUCAAUGGUAACGGGGCACGGGUCAACUGAAGGCACCACACAAGCAAUACGGUACGGUACUUAAGCGGUGGUGGUGAAGUAUUGGGCAGUGGUGACUACAGAUGCAGGCGGUGUGUUGGUGUGUGCCUGUCUUGCGCAGCCCGCACUGCCUUUUCUUAGUUUCAAGGCUGCAGUUUGGCAGCGAUGAACGAUGCUGCUAAGGUAACACUGCUGGGCACUGCUGGCCAAUCCGGCCCAUGCGAAUGUACAAUAGGGUGUACGAAGCUUGCUUGAAGCAAUGACGCCGUCGCUGUCGUUGUUAGCGCGGGUGUUGGGAGCCUUUAUACUCAUGCCAUGACAAAGACGGCGUCAUUGUGUGCCGUACGGUAUGCCGUUGUAUCAUUGUAUGUGGUCCACGGCUCCACGCUGCGGAGGAUUGAUGAAUACGUAUGGGUCACUUGUGCCCGUUGUAAAUUGUGGCCACGGGCUAGCGGCGUCAACUUCAUAUGCUUUGUGUUGCCCUGAGAAUGUGAGAGGUGGGCAGAACGGGAGCUUGGCUGCAUGGCUGCGCGCUGCCGUCCAGUUCUUAAAAGGGCCUUGCGGUUGUGCGCUGGGAGCCUUUCUCCAGUUUACACCACGCUCACGCUGUGACGCUGGCCGCGAUGUGAGUUCGUGAACUGGUUCACUUCAUGUGUAAGGCAGUCAAGGU